AUGGGAAAGAGAAGCAGAUCUUCAAGCUCCUCUUCGGACUCCGACUCCUCCGAGGAGAAGAAGGACAAGAAAAAGUCCAAGAAGGAGAAGAAGAAGAAGGAUAAAGAAAAGAAGAAGAAGGACAAAAAGAAGAAAAAAGACAAGAAGAAAGACAAAAAGGCGAGCAAAGAGCAAGAGCAAGAGGCACCAAAGGUGCCCAUGGUCCUACCUCGAACGGGAUCUGCUGCCGAGGAGCGAGAGAGGCUAUUACGCGGCAGUGCGGUCCCGGUGGCUGUGCCUGGCAACACUCCAGAAGUGAACGACGCUGGGCGCUUCCAUCAAGCCAAGGCACGACUCGAUGCACUUCGGGCAGCUCACCAGAAGCCUGAGAAGAGCGUGGGAUACACCGUUCGGAAGCCCAACUGGUAA